CACGUCGUCAGUUAGUCACCAGUUCACCAUUAGCAACCGCAAAGAAUACUCCCCAGGAUAAGAAAAAUCGUCCUCUCAUGACUCGUAAGCCUUAGAACUCAGCAGAAAAGAAACAAUGAUGCUGGAUCUAGGCCCGUUUUCGGACGAGAAAUUCGAUCCGAAGAAAUGGAUUAACUCGGCGUGCAAGUCUCGGCACCCUCAGGACUCCGUCGACAAGCACAUGGUGGAUCUCGAGAUGAAGCUCCAAAUGGUCUCCGAAGAGAUCGCUGCUUCGCUUGAGGAGCAGAGCGCUGCCGCCCUCCUCCGUGUUCCUCGCGCCACUCGUGACGUCCUCCGUCUCCGCGACGACGCCGUUUCUCUCCGCAAUUCCGUCGCCGGGAUCCUCGACAAGCUCAAGAAGGCCGAGGGAUCCUCAGCAGAGUCUAUAGCUGCUCUUGCUAAAGUUGACACCGUCAAGCAGCGAAUGGAAGCUGCAUAUGAGACACUGCAGGAUGCUGCAGGGUUAACACAAUUGAGUGCAACGGUGGAGGAUGUGUUUGCCAGUGGGGAUCUUCCUCGUGCUGCAGAAACCUUGGCUAACAUGAGGCAUUGCUUGUCUGCUGUAGGGGAGGUAGCUGAAUUUGCAAAUAUUAGGAAGCAGCUUGAGGUCCUAGAGGAUAGGUUAGACACAAUGGUGCAGCCUCGUCUCACAGAUGCAUUGUCCAAUCGCAAGAUUGAUGUUGCUCAAGAUUUGCGAGGAAUUCUUAUUCGAAUUGGAAGAUUCAAGUCUCUAGAGAUGCACUACACGAAAGUUCACUUGAAGCCCAUAAAGCAGCUCUGGGAUGAUUUUGACUCUAAGCAGCGAGCUAGUAAGCUUGCUAAUGAGAAGAGUGAAGUUGAAAGGCUAUCAAGUAGUAAUGACUUGCGGCCAAGUUCUCCAACAGUUUUCUUCUCAAGUUGGUUGCCAAGUUUCUAUGAUGAGUUGCUACUCUAUCUUGAACAAGAAUGGAAGUGGUGUAUGGUUGCUUUUCCUGAUGAUUACAAGAGACUUGUCCCGAAGCUACUCAUGGAGACCAUGGCAGCUGUGGGGUCAAGUUUUGUUUCCCGCAUCAACCUUGCUACUGGAGAGGUUGUUCCUGAAACAAAAGCACUGGCUAAAGGUAUAUUAGACAUUCUAUCUGGAGAUCUGCCUAAGGGUAGUAAGAUUCAGACUAAGCAUCUAGAAGCCCUGAUUGAAUUACACAAUAUGACGGGAAUCUUUGCAAGAAAUAUCCAGCACUUAUUUUCAGAAUCUGAUCUCCGAGUUUUAAUGGACACACUGAAGGCAGUGUACUUUCCAUAUGAAUCAUUUAAACAGAGGUAUGGACAGAUGGAGCGUGCUAUCCUCUCCUCUGAGAUUUCUGGGGUGGAUCUCAGGGGAGCUGUCACUCGUGGUGUGGGAGCCCAGGGUAUUGAACUCAGUGAGACAGUUAGAAGAAUGGAAGAAUCUAUCCCUCAAGUUAUUGUUCUUCUUGAGGCAGCUGUAGAGAGGUGCAUCAGCUUUACUGGUGGUUCUGAGGCAGAUGAGCUAAUUCUUGCCCUUGAUGAUAUAAUGUUACAGUACAUUUCUACUCUCCAGGAAACCCUUAAAUCACUUAGAGCUGUCUGUGGAGUGGAUCACAAUAAUAUGGGCUUCGACAAGAAGGAAGGGAUACAAAAUUCAAGAAAGGUUGACUUGAUCUCUAAUGAGGAGGAGUGGUCAAUUGUUCAGGGGGCCUUGCAGAUACUCACUGUUGCAGACUGUCUAACAAGCAGGUCUUCUGUCUUUGAAGCAUCCUUGAGAGCGACUCUGGCUAGAUUGAGCACAAGUUUGUCAGUUUCAGUAUUUGGUUCAAGUUUGGAUCAAAACCAGUUACACAUCACAAAUGAUGAUGGAAAUGGGGAACCAUCCUUGGGUGGAAGGGCUGCCUUGGAUGUGGCAGCUGUUCGGCUUGUUGAUGUUCCUGAGAAGGCCCGGAAACUGUUUAACCUUUUAGAUCAGUCUAAAGACCCCCGAUUUCAUGCACUUCCACUUGCAUCCCAAAGGGUAGCAGCAUUCGCUGAAACUGUGAAUGAGCUUGUUUAUGAUGUACUUAUAUCUAAAGUACGACAGCGUCUCAGUGAUGUGUCUCGUUUGCCAAUCUGGUCUGCAAUAGAGGAACAAAGUGCUUUUCCCCUUCCAACCUUCAGUGCAUACCCUCAGUCCUAUGUGACCAGUGUUGGUGAAUACCUUCUUACUUUGCCCCAACAAUUGGAGCCACUUGCUGAGGGCAUUUCUAACAGUGACGCCAACAAUGAAGAAGCUCAAUUCUUUGCAACAGAAUGGAUGUUCAAGGUCGCUGAAGGUGCCACUGCCCUAUACAUGGAGCAGCUCCGUGGCAUCCAGUACAUAACAGAUCGUGGAGCACAACAGCUGUCGGUUGAUAUCGAGUACUUGAGUAAUGUGCUUUCUGCCCUUUCAAUGCCAAUCCCUCCAGUUCUUGCAACAUUUCAAACCUGCUUUGGAACCUCCAGAGAUCAGUUAAAAGACCUAUUGAAAUCUGAUUCUGGGAGCCAGCUUGACAUUCCAACUGCAAACCUUGUGUGUAAGAUACGGCGUGUCAAUUUGGAUCAAUAAAUUUUGCUCAAAAUGAUUUUUGACUUUGUAAUUGAAUACAAUUCCGUCGA